GUGUGUGUGUGUGUGUGUGUGUGUGUGUGUGUCUGUGUGUGUAAAAGAGGGAGUGAGAAUUCAAAGUAGACACGACUAGUGAGCAGGAUAUCAGAGUGCAUCUCUCUCUCUCUCUGUCUCGCUCAGUAGUCUUCUGUAGACUCAGCAAUAUGUAGUAGCAGACGUGCACAUCUGGAUCAGACUACAAGGUCUCCUAAGAGAGAGAGACAGAGAGAGUGAGUGUGUGUGUGUGUUACAAGAGCACUCUGCGUGGACAGCAUGGUGCAGCGCUUCAGCCUCCGUAGACAGCACUCAAAGAUCGAGAGGCUGGAGGGCAGUCUGGCUCAGGCAGCACUCUGCAGUGUGGACGGCUCACAAGCUGGGUCAGAGGAUUCGGCGCUCGACCCCCAGCGCACGCGGCAGGCCAUAGCACAGCUCCAGCAGAAGAUCCUGAGGCUGACGGAGCAGUUGCGCAUCGAGCAGGCAGCGCGUGAUGAAAAUGUAGCUGAGUACCUCAAGCUCGCCAACAACACCAAUGACAAGCAGCAGAGUUGCCGGAUUAAACAGGUCUUUGAGAAGAAAAACCAGAAGUCGGCGGCAACUAUCGCACAGCUGCAGCGCAAGCUGGACCACUACCGGCGCCGGCUCCGUGAGGCUGAGCACGGUGGCGACGCGGCACGCCAACACAAAGGUGUGCUGCGUGAUGUUCAGCAGGGUCUCCGUGACGUGGGUGCGCGGGUUAUCACAGGCCUCAAUGACGGCGUGGUGAACAGCGUGCGCGGCGGCCUGUCCAGCUUUUCGCACGCCACUCACACGGCGGCCGGUGCUGUGGCCUCGAAGCCACGUGAGAUCGCCUUGCUUCUGCGCAGCCGCUUCGGCAGCGCCGACAACAUUAGCGUGCUGAAGGAUGGAGAAGAUCCUAACGGUGCCAACACCAGCGGGCACUUACAGGGCAGCCCACGGUUUGGCAGUGAGGAGGACUGCUCGAGCGCAACAUCGGGAUCAGUUGGUGCCAACAGCAUGACGGGCGGGGUCGGCGGGCCACCGAGCUCUAAGGGGAACACACUAGAGCGGGGGACUUGUAUGGGUAUGGAGAUGCUGAUGCAGGAGGUGCACGAGCUCAGGGAGGUUCAGGCACGUCUGGACGAAACUCUAGAGGAGCUGAAGGUCCAUUACCAGCGGGACUAUACUCUGUCCAUGCAGGCGCUGCAGGAAGAGCGGUUCAGGUGUGAGCGGCUUGAGGAGCAAUUAAACGACCUGACGGAGCUCCACCAGAAUGAGAUUCUGAACCUGAAACAGGAACUGGCCAGCAUGGAAGAGAAAAUGGCUUAUCAGUCCAAUGAGAGAGCUCGGGACAUACAGGAGGCGCUGGAGGCCUGUCAGACACGCAUCUCAAAUAUGGAGCUACAGCAGCAGCAGCAGCAGGUCGUGCAGCUCGAGGGCCUGGAGAACGCCACAGCGCGCGCCCUGCUCGGCAAGCUCAUCAACGUCCUCCUCGCCCUCAUGGCCGUCCUCCUGGUGUUCGUGUCCACCGUGGCUAAUUGCGUGGCGCCCAUGAUGAAAACGCGCAUCCGCUCCUUCUCCACGCUCCUCCUCCUCCUGCUCUUCACCUUGCUCUGGAGGAACUGGGACGCCUUCUCAGGACACACACUUCGCUUUCUGCACGUGCCGAGAUGACGACGCGUCGUGCAGCGGUGCUUUGAACAUCAGGAAGUCACAGCCAACCGUCAGCCAUCAAGAGACGGGAAAAUAAUCUGUGAAAAAAUAAACUUCCUUUUUGAAAGGAAAAGGUGUAUACGUUUACAUUUUGGAAGUAUGAAUUAAGUCAGCCUUUUCUUGCGGCACCUCUUUUAUUAGGGCGUUGUAAUAAAUAAUAAACGAUAUUCCAUCGAUUUUAUAACAAAUUUUGUUUUAUAGUAUAAUCAGUUGUAUGUAGCAUCAAAGUCCUACUACUGAAACAGGUCAUGGGAAUUUAUCUGGACGUUGCACUCGAACUUUCCACCCCAUCACUGCCUUUGGUAGAUUUUUAGUAAAUCUUACUGGCUGCCUUUAAAGGGGGCGGGGUGUAUGCACUUUGAGCUAUGAUUAGCAGUGUUAGCCUACUCUUCCAUCACUGCACUGGAUUUAACAUUGAAGGGGGAACCUGAACGGACUCAUGGACAUACUUGAAGAGAGUGGUACUUUAGGGACCUUCUGUGCUUCCAUAUUGUUUCUAUUAGCAAUGUAUUACCACUUUCAGGAACUUUAUAGUAUAUGAAUGAUUUAAAAAAAAACUAUAUAUACGAAUUAAUGUUAAAUGAAUGAGUGAGUUAUUGAAUGAGGCACUACUGUUGUGAUUGGAGCCUGUUUACCAUAUGAUAUCAGAGAAAGUGCUUCAGAUCCUCAAUUAAUCUGACUUAAAUGAAAAAAAACGUCUUAUUUCUGCUGAAUAUUUAAGUUAUUCCACGAAAUUGAGUCGUACAUGACGAUAGAUAACGAGGCGCGCAGCAAGAUUGAGUGGAAUAACUGUUUUUUUUUUCGCGGUCCAGUUUCCAUCAAAUCCUGCGCUCUGAUUGGCUGGUCCCACGGUACGGACCCCGGAUAUGGACCUCUGGCAACUCGCUCGUUCACAACAACAAACAUGGUAGCAAUUUUUGUCAACAUUUAUCUUUUUUAUAAGAUUUAUUUAUAAGAUUUUUAUCAAAGAUCUUGUAAAUUUUUGCCAGCAUUUCUCAGGAGAAUAGCAUUAAUUUUACAGCAUGGAUAGCGAUAAUGACAGUGUUCACAGUGAAAGCAAGUGUUACUACCCUGAGGAAGAAGAAAUAAAAGAAAACAUUUCAGGAGAAAGCUACAAACCUGUAACUGUUGCUAACGCCGAGCAAAAACAUGGCUGAAUCCUGAAUGACUCAAUUUUGUAUAAAUAGGGGACUACAUAGGCGGCAAAAUGUAGUUUUUUUCCUGCCAUGGAAGUGCACUUGUAUACCGAGGAGGAAGCCAUUUGCAUUACAGCCGUGAAUGAGGAUUCAAAAUGGCGGCUCGGCUCGGUUUUCCCUUUCGGGCGCUUUCGUUUUCUGUUAGAAUUUGGUAAAGAAAAAAAUAAAUAUAUUAUUUACCAGCUUAAGGUCGGUCCGUAUGGUGAAAUACCGUGACCUCGGCCUUGAAUACUGACCUCGGCCCAGAGGGCCUCGCUCAGUACUUUCAAGACCUCGGUCACGGUAUUUCACCAUACGGACCUCCCAGCUGCUAAAUAACAACAUAUAUAUUUUAUCCACAUUCACUGGAUUUUGAGAAACGGAGCGUUUUUAUUUUUUGCAAAUACGAUAAAUAAAAACUUUUUAUACAGAACAUCCGCUUAGAAUGUAAGCAAACUGGUGAAAUGAUCGUAGCAAUUUGUGAAAAAUUCUAUAAUUAUAUUAAUUCUUGAAUAAAUAAAAAUUUAAAAAAAGAUACGUUCUUACCACAAAAUACUUUUAUUCCACAUUUUGUUCCUUUUUUUUUUUUUUUUUGCAUUUUUUUGGGUUUCGUUUUCGAGUCGAGUUUUUAUUUCGUCCACUGUUGGUUCAGCAGCACGCUCCGCUGUUUUGUUUUUCUCUACUCAUGGUAUAUGAGCUGAUAUCCUCGUAGUAGAGUAGCCAAUCAGAGCGCACGAUUGCUCAUAUCCGGUGAAUGUGGAUAGAAUAAUGCGUUAUAUCGAAAAGGCCAUCAGUAAUUAAAAUCUUCUUAUUAGUGUAUUGCAUUGGUGAAAAUUUAAACUUGUACACAUCUGCGGAAGGGGACUACAUCCAGUAUUGGAUCGCAUCAGUUUUUGAUUGGUGUUCGACCUUCAUUUUCUUUGAGCGAAAUCAUUUGUUUUGGUCGGCUAAUCAAAAACCCGAUAAUAUUAGAUUUGCCAAAGCUGCCAUUUUAGGGAAAAUGCUGUUUAAGCAUUUCAAGGUGAGGACAGGACAUGGGACUGUCCUCUGUAAUACCUCGAACAAACCUGAGUAUCGACAGAAUUAAUAGAGGAAUAUUUUAUAAUCGUAAUUCAACUAUAUUUAAAGGCACAGCUGUCUAAAAUGAGGAGUGUUUUAAUAAAUCCUUUUGGGAUAUAGUAUAAGUGGAGGUGUUUUAAAAAUUUCUUUUUCCAUGUGAGCGAUUAUAUGCCGAGCUAUUAACAUUUGUUACUGUACUUAAAUAUCUUUUAUAGUAUUCGAUCAAAAUGUAACCUGUUAGUUGUCCAAUUAAGCCAUGGAUAAUUGGUUUAGCUACUUGAAUAAUAAAUCAGAUUAAUUAGUAUAAAUCUUUGAAUCUCUCUCUGGUGACACAGGUGGACAGGCUCUAGGUCUCUACACUGUACAACUGUUUAACCUUGACCCUGAAAAGGUGUGAAACAGUCGGAGGUGUGUGUGUAUGUGUGGGUAGGUGGGUAUGCAUGCUAAGCAACUUCAGUGCCUUCGGAUGUCUGUAUGCCUGUAAUAAAAAGCAUUCCUGCCUAGACAAA